UUCGGGGUGAAUAAGUGCUUAUCGGCCAGCCAGGAAUUGGCGAUCGCAUGCCCUGGCCGCGUGUGGCUAGAGCCCGAGAGUUUGUUGAACAUGCGUGUGGCUCGUUGGCAGGAUGGCCUUAUCGUUUUAGUCACCGAUAGGGCGGUCUGGUGCCUACGUGAUCCCGUCGCAACUCAACAGGCUCUUCAACAGAUUGCUCAUACACUAUGCUUUGAGAACUGA